UCUGUUCCCUCCCACAGGUAAGAGGGAAACCCCAGGUGUUCCACCUCACCUGUCUGCAGGUAUUUACAGCCCGUCAUGAAACUGCGUAGAUAAAAGCCAUACAGUGGCUUUUUAGGAGAAUGGAAAAUGAAACUUAAAGAGAAAGGGAUAUAAAAAUCUUCAGUGAAGAAAAGGGGAGGGAGGAUUGAUUGGACAGUAGCUAUAUAAACAGCAUGGUUAGAUCAGCUUCAUUAACGAUCUGUGAGCACUUGAAGGAGAGUUUAUUCAUUGGAAAUUCAUCUCAAGAUAAAUUUCAUCAUGGAAAUAUUCAUCAUUUUGAUGGAUGGGACAUCCCGCACACUGAAGGUCAACCCACAUCACACAGUGGGUCAUUUGAAAAAGUGCAUCGAAAAAGAGAUGGGAUUCCCUGUUUCGAUGCAGAAGCUGAUCUUCAAAAACGGCCAAAGCACCCAUCUGAACGACGACUCCAGGACGCUGAGCUCCUACAGCAUGCAGCCGGGCUCCCAGGUGUACCUGUUGAUCACUGAGCCGCCAACCCAGCCCUCUACCUUCCAGGUUUUCCUGAAAAAUGAACAGGGGAUAUCCAGCACCUAUGAUAUCACAGAGAAGGAGACUGUGGCGAACUUCAAGAGAAGAGUGCAGGAAAGAGAAGGGGUUCCUGCAAACCAGCAGAGGUUGAUCCAUGAAGGUGUAGAGAUGCAGGGUGGAAAACUGACUGACUACAACGUCAGGGAGCUGAGCACCAUCUUCAUGACUCUGCGUCUGAGAGGAGGCUGAGGACACAACAUGAAAAACUUUCUAGUUUAUUUUUUUUGUUUUGUAAUUACAUUUAUCCUAAACUGUUCUCAACUGUUGUUCCUUUUACAUGUAUUAAUGAAUACCAACACAUGUAGUCUACUUUAAAGUGUGUAAUGUAAUUGAUUAAUUAAUUCCAAUAAUAAAAGCGG